GGUGUCACGGCAGAAGAAAUCACCGACGACAAAGACUUUGCUGCCUGCCUAGCAACGUACAAGUACAUGAAAGGAAAUUUCACGUUCCACCCUCGCCCGGAGCUGUAUCUCUUUGAAUCUUUGGCCCUUUGUCAGAGAACUUCUGAGAAGCAGAGCGCUUCGGCGCUCGAUCUUGCGAGUGUCUUUGCAGAAGCUGUGCGCCUCCGUCGGGCAGUGGUUGGACAGAAGUCUCUUCGAGAUCUUCUGAGUGCUUGUGUGUCCGACUACAACAAGGCUGUGGGCAAAGAUCACAAAGUAAAACAAGAGGUUCAGAAGAUCAUCUACAAUGUUCUUCGGUGUCCGUCCGAGAUGCGGGACAUCCUGGCCAAGGUGUAUGGUGAGUACCGUCACUACAAUGCAGGCAUUGCUUUGCUCUGUCGGACGCUCUCACUUAGACUUGGCAUUGGCUCUCUGUAUCUCGCUCUCUCUCUCUCGCUCUCUCUCUCUGCAUGUGUCUUCCAUGACCUUGUGUUGCUCAGCUCUGACUUUGGACAAUCUGUCCGGUGA